AUGGACAAGGUAACAUUCAAGAGGGAGAACAGCGAGCGUAUCCAAGCCGUGGAGAGUUCCUUCGGUCCGGCCGGGAGACCCCUGAGCAAACCGGACCGGGUCCUGGUGGGAGAGGGACACCUGAUGAAGCAGGGCCAGCGGAGGACUGAGAUGAAGGCCUUCUUCCUCUUCAAUGACAUCCUGGUGUACGGAAGCAUGAUCCUGAACGGCCGCUGGCACAAAAAACUGAAGAUCAUCCCCUUAGAGGACCUCCAGCUGGAGGACAUGGAGGACAGUGAGCGUAUGACCAACCAAUGGUUGAUCCGUACACCAUCCAAGUCCUUUUUUCUGUCGGCCAAUUCAUUGGAGGAGAAGCGGGCCUGGAUCGACCACAUUGCAGAGUGCCGCGCCAAAAUGCUGCAGGGCGGCAGCUGCCAGCCUGGCUCCACCUUCGCUGUCUCUUGGAUCCCGGACAAGGCCGCCUACAAAUGCAUGCGCUGCUUCACCAAAUUCACACCAAUGAACCGUCGACACCACUGCAGACAAUGUGGCUUUGUGGUCUGCAACUCGUGCUCCAGUAGGCGAGUGGUGAUUAGCCACAUCGACCCCAAGAAGAAGCUGAGGGUCUGCAGGCUUUGCCACAAGAGGAGCACCGAAGAAGAGACAUCUGGUGUGAGUGGGAACAGGCCGGGAAAGAGGGGCUCAGAGGAGGACAUCGAGGAAUCAUCCAGUGGUGAAGACAACGAAUACGAGACGAUGCCGAGCUACAUUACCAGCAGCUGGCUCGAUUCCCACAGUGGCAGGUGGGGAGAGAUCGGCACCUAG